UUAGGCUUGUAUGAUCCUGGCGCUGCAAAGUUUCCACCCGGCCCUUUUCCAGGCGACCCCCGCUUAAUUGCGUAGAAGGCACACAGUCUUGACGCCGUUGUUGUUUUAUUUUUCUUCUGUGGCAUCGACCGAACGAAGACACUGAACACACUUAAAAUAAGAGGGCACCAGAAGCCAUGGAGUGAGCAUUGAACAGUCAGAAGGACGGUUGCGGAGCCCGCCCACCUCCUGCCUGGGCAACGCACCUUCCAGAUGAGAUGGUGGUGGGAGGAGAGAGUGUGUCCCUUUCAAAUUCAAGCCGCUCCAUUUCAGUGCCUGAUGGGACGCUGGGUGUGUCCGUCUUCCCUUCUCCAAUGAGCUCGUCGGUUUCCAAACCACACCCCUGCCAUAAAUAUUUCGGGAGGCAGGCAAGAGAGUAAACUACGUUUAGGAGUGGAGUUGCUGCUGCUGCGAUGGAGUCCUGGUUUUCGGUAGGAGGAGGCGCCCGCCAGACCAGCAGGGUUCCGUGCAGGAACUUUGCCCGUGGAAAUUGCAGAUGGGGUCAGAACUGCCGAUUCUCCCAUGACAGGAAGUCAACCCAGAUCUGCAGGUAUUUCCAGAAUGGGUUCUGUGGCUAUGGUGACCGCUGCAGCUACCAGCAUAUCUCGGAAGCACCAGCCUCAUUCAGAUGUGGUUCAGAGUCUGCCUUCCAUGGAGGCACAACGUUGCCACUAAAUCGCCGGGGCUCAGAGCCAGCCAUCUUGCCAGAGGCUUCAGGAAGGAGCUGGGGAGGAACCAGACGUGGCUCUGAACCAGCUGUCUCAAGCAUGACACAGCUACAGAUGAACUUUGGAAGGAUGAGCAUGAACUUUGAGGAGGAAGAUGAAGAGAAGGAAAAGGUCAUUGCUGCUUGGCAGCCACCUAAUUGGGCCCUAAGCAAAGAAUUUGUCCCACAGCAGGCCCUUUCAGAUUCCAGAUCCCAUGAACGGAUACUUGAUGCCACAUUCUUAGCACCAGAAGACACACCCACCAAGGAGGCUGCUUCUGCUUCUCUGGUCCCAGAGGAGCCAAAGGCAGCUGGUGGUCUGGGAGCAACAGCUGCUGAAGUGGUAGAGAAGAGUGAGGAUAUGGUAUGUGGCAUUUGCAUGGACAAAAUCUGUGAGAAGACUUUGCCUGAAGAACGUCUCUUUGGUAUUCUUCCAAACUGCUCCCAUGCUUAUUGUGUUGGCUGCAUUCGGAGGUGGCGGAAAAGCCGGGAUUUUCAAAAUGCAGUGAUAAAAGGCUGCCCACAGUGCAGAGUCACUUCAAGUUACUAUAUCCCCAACAAAUAUUGGGUCUCCAAUACAGAGGAGAAGGAGAAACUGAUUGAGACUUUCAAGGCACGGACUGGCAAAAUAAGAUGUAAAUUCUUUGUCCGGAGCAAUGGUCAUUGCCCCUUUAAAUCAGAGUGCAUCUAUCGCCAUGAGCUUCCUGCAGGCCAGGUCCCCACUGCACGACCACGAUACAGACCCGACCGACAGAGGCGACGACCUGUUGUCUAUAACCCAUCUCCAUCUGACAGCUCAGAUGAGGAUGACGACGACGACGACGACAUGUACCUUCUCCAGUGGGCUCUUACCUUUGCACUGUUACAUAAUUUUGACUAUUCAGACUUUCUUCUCUCAGAUACAAGUGAUUCUGACUAGAUUAUGACUGCUCAUCAGAGGCUAUAUAGCUGGUUCUGGGAACAGUCUUAAUGACAUUUGAAGUUGCAGCUUUGGGGAGGAUGGGUGUGGGGAUGAAAGAUGCUUUAACUCCUAAUUAACUUAAUGGCUCUUAGUUGUCUGGCAAGUCUUGUAGUAUUUGGUUGGAAACCAGAGCUAGGUGAAUAUAGUGCAACAACCCAUUCCAUGUUGGGGAAAGUUUCCUGAUUCACAGGGCAAAAUGUUAUCACCACUGCCAGCACUUGGCAUCUUAAACCUCACGAAUUGCACUAUCCCUUGCUCACCUCUGUCUCCCUAUCUCCUCCCCAUAUGCAAUAUUGAGGUUCAGAUAUACUGCUAAACAGCUAUUAAAACAUGGUUUAGCAUCCAUUAUUUGAAUCUGGCCCAUAUCUCACAAUUGGAUUUCCCAGCAUGGGAUCCAUGAAGGGCCUUCCAGCUGCCUCUUCUAGGAGGGUGCCAAGUUUUUAUGGUACUCAGAUGGCAUACUUUGGAGAGGCUGAGUGUUCAGUUCAUGCUGCUGCUUCUAUCCUCAGGAAGAUAGGUUUGCUGUGCUGUUAGCUGCAGCAAGCAAUACCUGUGUUGUGCUGUUGUAUAGCAGUGCUGUCAGAUGUCUACAGUAGGCUUAGGGGAUGGGGGGGUGUAUGAGGUGGGAUGAGUUUAAACCAAGUCUUGAAUUUUUUUAUUGAUACCAUGAUCAACUAGUAUUGGUGGCUUAUUAAUGCAAGUUGUUGGGCCCUGAUCUUUAGGCUCUGGGGUCAGCAAGCCACUUCUAUAUCUCUUUUUAACUCUAGAAGCAUCUGGAGAGUGUCAAAUAAAAUGAACUUUGAAAAUGUA